CGGUGUAACCCAAUUGUGGAGGCAAUAAAAUGAUGGAGGAGAAGCUGUCGAAAACAGCAAAGAGUUUAACUCCCUCUCCCAUUCAGCAACUCUCCUUUCUUGCCCAAAGAUGCAACGCCAUCAACCUCGCUGAAGGCUUUCCUGAUUUCCCCGCCCACAACCUCCUCAAAUACGCCGCCGUUUCUGCCAUCAAUUCCGACUUCAAUCAGUACAGGCAUGUGCAAGGAAUCUGCGAUGGCGUGGCAAAGAUAAUGAAACAUAUGCAUGGCUUAGAUGUUGAUCCUCAAACUGAUUUAGCAAUCUGCUGUGGCCAGUCUGAGGCAUUUGCUGCAACAGUGUUUGCGAUAAUUAAUCAGGGCGAUGAAGUUAUUCUCUUUGACCCUUCGUAUGAAACAUACGAAGCUUGUAUUACUAUCGCUGGAGGAGUUCCGGUAUAUGUGCCGCUUGACCCUCCUCAAUGGAGUUUGGAUCCAGACAAAUUCAUGAAGUCUUUUACUUGCAAAACGAAAGCUAUAGUAUUGAACAGUCCUCACAAUCCAACUGGAAAAGUUUUUACAAAGGAUGAGCUCGAGAUCAUCGCUGGAGCUUGCUGCACCAGGGAUUGCCUAGCUAUAACAGAUGAAGUCUACGAGCAUAUAACAUUUGACGAGGAAAUACAUGUAUCCCUUGCUUCACUUCCAGGGAUGCAAAAGCGGACCAUCAUUACAUCUUCCCUGUCUAAAACUUACAGUGUAACAGGUUGGAGGGUUGGAUGGGCAAUUGCUCCAGCUUGUAUUGCAUCUGCAAUUAGAAAUAUCCAUAUUAGAUUAACAGAUUCUGCUCCAGCACCUUUCCAGGAAGCUGCCUUGACUGCAUUGAGAAGCCCUGUGGAAUACUAUGAACUGUUGAGAAGAGAUUAUGAAUCCAAAAGAGAUUAUGCAUUCAAGAUGCUUGCUGAAGUUGGCUUCCUGGUUGAGCUCAAGCCUCGGGGUUCUUUUUUUCUAUUUACAGAGCUUCCUAAGAAUUGUCUCCUGUCUGAUGUAGAAUUUGUUGAGGAACUAAUUAAACAGGCAGGGGUGGUGGCUGUACCAGGAUGUGGAUUUUUUCAUAGAAACUUGUAUUCGAAGAAAUUGUCUCCGGCUGAUUAUAACCAUCAGAAGAGAUAUAUCAGGUUUGCUUUCUGCAAAAGUGAUGCUACUUUGGCUGCUGCUGCACAAAGAAUUGGUGAGCUUGUGGAUGCUGAGGGGCGUCUCAAACUAUUUUAAUUUUGCAGAACUGGUAGCAAUAUCUAUCAAUUGUAUAAAAGUCAUAUGGAGGCAAAUGAGGUUUGAUAAAAUACUAUUUACCUUCCUGAACUUGACUACUUAUUAUAUAGCAGAAGUACGCGACAUUUCAAAAUUUUAAUGAACAUUGGUGACAAUUUGAUUAAGUUGUUUUUAAUGGUGUCAUGCAUAUUUUAGUCUCGAGAUUUUGAUAAGAAGAAGAAAUAAAUGCUGUAAACUGAAACCUAAACUUAUUGCUUCUUUUGACAUGUUUUGUGUAAUCUAUAUGCCAGCAGCCGAGGCAAGCUUUCUAAUA